AUGUCUUCCAGAGACUCCUCACCUGCUGCUGCGUCUACGAGCCGCAGCCCAUCGCCCAUAUCCCAACGCUCCCACAGCCCAGAGCCAAAUGGCUCGGACAUUGAACAGACGUCGGACCGCGAAUACUCGGACAACGAACAGAUGUCGGGCCCCUAUUACUCAGACAAUGAACAGCUCUCAGACAACGACGAACAAGAUUCUGAUUUCGAUCCAAAUAGCACAUCACGUUCCAGGUCUUGGUCUCCACCUCCUCAGAAUAAGGAACUAACGUCCACGGCUACUCGUAAGGCGAGGAGGCGCUUGUCUCAACUCGAAGCAACUGCUGGAAAUGAUUCCGGGGCGGAAUCUGAACCUGAUAUGUAG